AUGGAUGUAUAUUCAAUUCUGAAUGAUGUUGCUGAUUGUGGGAAUGUUACAUAACAGCACAUCCAUAAUAUGCAUGUGAGUUUUUUAGGAGACACAUAGUAAUAAUUUGAAUUUAUAAAUUUUAGAUAGUUCACCAAAUAAUUAGAAUGUUGUUAUUUAAAAAUAAUAAAGAACUUUAAUGGGACAUCUAAACAACAUAGAAAGUUAUUUGAAAAUGUUACUGAAAAAUUUGUUACAUUUAUGAUAAAAAAAUGGAAUGAAUCUACACUUCCCGCCCAAAAGACUCGAAAAUAAAUUAGCACAGAUAACACUAGAAGGUUUAUUGAAUUAAUAGUAUUAUAGCUUCCUUCUCUAUUUAAUGUAAUUGUUUGCAGAAGGUUUAGACUCUUAAAAUUUUGCAACAAGAAUAUGUUGUGGAAGACAUCUGUUUAUGAUCUUAAGAUGUAUUCCACCUUAGUUAUUGAAUUAGUUGGUGGAUGAGAAAACUGCAUAUGACAUGCUCAAUCACACAGUAGGUUUAUUCAAGAAUACAAAAUUAUAAAAGACAGGGAAAACAUAAAAAGGUUUGGCUGUAAAAUUGGGUUCUUAUUUAUAACAUAUUGCUUUUGAGGAAAGAAAAUAAAAUAAAUUAAAAUAAGCAAUAGUAGCAUUGAAAUAUGAAAUGGUUAGAACAAUUUGUGAAGAUGAUAAAAAAGAGUUGAGAUUAGAUGCAUUAACAAAUACAGAAUUAAAUGAUUCAACUCUUCCAUUUAUAAUAAUUAGAAUUAGAGAUACUGAUGUAGAUGUGAGACUUUAAGUUUUUAAAAAACUUAUGAAAAAUCAUUUUUCUAUAUCAUAAUUAACAACAUUAGAUUUAUAUUAAGUAAUAUAUGAUGGUUUAAAAAACAGUAGUUAAAAAGUAGUAGAAUAAUGUGAAUUAUUUUUACAAUAAUCAUUUGGUAAGAUAAUUUAAGAUGAUUCAAUAAUAUAAGAGGAUUCAAAAUAAAAAUCAGCUAGAAAAUCAAUGAAUGUUGAAUAAGUAAAUCAUAUUAAUGAAGCUGUAAAGAGAUUUUUAAAUUUAUUUUAAAUUGAUAAAACUUUAAUAUUUCCUUAAUUAUAUUCCACAAUAUUAGAUGGAUUGAAAGCAAUCUUAAAAUCUGCUCAUUAAGAUGAAUUAUCAACUUAUUUUAGGGAUGCAUUAAGAAAUUUAAGUAAUUAAACAAGUGGACCAGAAAUGUCUUUUAUUAAAGUUUUAUGUUAGAUGUCUUAAAAUUAAGAAUAGAAAACAUAAUUAUAAUAAUAAAUGAAUUUAAUAGUAGAUCAUAAUUUCCCAGAAGGAACAUAAUUUGCUGAAAUUUUUAAUUAAGACUUAGAUUUAUUGCAAUAUUAUGAAUUAUUAUAAUUAGCAUAAUUACUUAUAAAUUAAGAAGAGAUAGGAAGAACAAAGCUUUUAGAUAAAAUGGUUUAAUUUAUAAGCAAGUAUAAAAAAUUAGAAUGUUAAAGAUUACAUAACUAAAAGUUUAAUGAGAUAUAUGAAGAUAGAAGUGAUUAAGAAUUAGAGAGUAGAUGGUUUGCAUAACAUCAUUUUGAAAUGCCUAUAAUAAAAAGUUAUUAUGAAUUAAUGAUUCCAUCAAUAAAAGUAAUUAAACUUUUAGUAUCUUCCUAAGAUUAAAUGGCAGAAUAAGUAUUUAAAGUGAUAUAAGAUCUAUAAAAAUAGAUUAUUGUUGAAAAUAUUUAAUAAUUAGAAUAAACAUUGUAAGUUAGAAAAGAAGAAAGAUAAAAUUUAGAAUAAGAAAAGGAAGCUUUAAUUAAAAAGAAGAAGCAAAAUGUUUAAUCCUUAUAAUUAAAUGAAUAACUUUUAGAAUAAAAUGAAAAGGCAAUGUAACAAACACUAAAUGAAUUGGAUAAAAUGAAAUAACAUAAUAAAAAUAUUGAUAUUCAUUGUUUAUAUUUAUUGGAUGCUUUGUUUAAUUAAUUUGAUAUAGCUAAAAUAGAAGAUAGAAUAUUUAUUAGAUUAAAAACUAUCAUUACAACAAUAAGUGAGAAAUAUAAAAGUGGAGAUGAUUGUUUAGCAAAGAAAUUGAGUUUUAGAUGUUUAGGAUAUAUUCCAUUAUUUGGUAUUGAUGUUGGAGGAUCUACUAUUGCAACAUUAGCCAGAAUUUUGGAUUAAUCUAUUCCUACUUAAAAAAAUAAUGAUAAUCCUAUGACUAUAACAGCUUUAAGAAGUAUUUUGGAUGCAUUAUUAAUGUAUGAUGAUGAUUAGGCAUGGGUUAUUGAUUCAGAAACAUAUGGAAAAUAAAAGAUUUUAUCAAUUAUUAUGAAAUUUGCCUUCAAAUCAGAAGGAGUAAUUUAAGCUAUAGCAUUAGAAGGAUUAUGUAAAUUAUUAAUUCAUGAUAAAAUUUUGAAACCCUAAGUUUGGAUAGCUUAAUUUUUAUUUUUGUGGUUUGAUGUUAAAUUACGUUCUCAAUAAUUACCUUUGUAAAUUGUCACUAGUUUUCUUAAACUUUAUAUUACAUCUUCUUUACAAUUUUUAAGAAUAUUUGAAAAGGGAUUGGAAUUAUACUUUAGUAUUUGUUGCUAUUUGCAUUAUGUGAAAGAUUAAAUUUUGAAUCCUGAUCUCUUUGAUACAUAAUAAUGGCAAGAAAACUCAUUAAUAUAAGCAGCAAGUGCAGGUAUAAAAAUGAUGAGCUAUAAAAUAAAUGGUUAAAAAUCUAAUCCAUCUUUGGCUGAAUUUAAAGAUAUUUUAGAAUCUAGAUCUUUUGAAUCUGACUUUAUUGGACCCCAAGAAAGGUUUAUUAUGUAUUUGUGUAAAUUAGUCAGUGAUCAUAAUAAUAUUAUACUUUAAAAGGUCAUCACUUAAGUUACAAAAUAAGCAGACUUUUUAGAGAUGUAUGAUAUUAAGGAAGAUGAUAAUAAUAAAUUGAAACCUAAAUAAUCAUUUUAUUAAAGCUUAAUAAUUAGUUUAGAAUAAUGUAUAGAAAGAUUAGAAAAGGCUAAUGCUGAUGUUAAAAAUGAGAACAAUUUUUUGAAGGUUUUACAAGAGGAAGUUGGAUUACAAGCCUAAGAUGAAGGACAAGUUCUUAGAGAUGCAAUAAUGAAAGAUUUUGAAUUAUAAAGAGAAGAUGCAAAUAAUUUAGUUAAAGAAUUAAAGAAAUAAGGAAUCAUAAUUUAAGGAUAAAAAUAAAAAGAAUAAGUUCAAGCUGAAGAAAAUUACUAAGGUAAAUUAAUAUAUUCAUAUUUCAAUAGGUGAAUCUGAUUCAGAUGAUGGAGUCAAAAAAAAGAGAAAAUAAUCAAGUGACUCAGAGAUUCCAACUAGAAAGGGAGGUAAUAAAAAAAGAAGAUGA